AUGGUUGAGUUUAUGGUGGAACAUCCCGAACUGGCUAAAGGACACAUUAACUCCCCAGAAGCAAGAAGCAAAUCACGGCAUUUAUGGGAAAGAUUAACGCAAGCACUGAAUUCUGCAUGUUUUCCUACACGCGAUACAAAUGGAUGGAAAAAAGUGUGGGCAGACUACAAAAACCAUAUAAAGGUCAAGUGCAAGCGUAACAAAAUCGGCAUUUCUGGAACCGGCGGAGGACCUAGUAGUUACUGCGCACUUACACCACAAGAACAGGAAGUUUGUGAUCUCCUUGCUAUAAAUGUAUCCGUCCAUGGUAUGAGUGGAAGAAAAGAUUUUGGUGCGUCAACACCAACAAACACUGGGCCAUCAACAAGCCUAGCCGAAAUUAUUGCUGAAAAUGAUAAUGUGGAAGAAAAUGUUCAUGUAAUGGAUGAUUCAAUUGAGACGGAGGAGCAUAACGUCGAAAAUUUAAAUGUUAAUACUUCCCAUAGACCUAGAAGAAAUGAACGUUUAAGCAGCAAAGAAAGCUUGAUAAAAAAACAAGUUGAAAAUCAAAUAGCUUUCCAAGAAAAUUCGUUGAAAGUUUUAAAGGAUAUUGAUAUCAACCAACAAAAUAAUAAUAAAUUUCUAGAAGAAAUCAGACUGGAUAUAGCUGACAUUAAAAGAUAUUCAAAGAGAAAAUGUGACAUAGAAGAACGCAAGCUGAAGCUUGCAAAAGAAAAGUUUGAAUUCAAAAAGAAAAUUGAAUUGGAAAAAACCAAGAGGAAAAUAGUUCACCUUGAAUUAAAAAAACAAAUGUUUGAUUUAGAAUCUGCAAAAUAUAAUAAAAUGUCUAAAUAA